ACGCAUGCGUGUUCAAUACACUUUGCUGUAGAGGGAGACAUGGCGACGUCCCUGAUUUGCGGCCGUUUGACGGCUAGCCUGAGAACUUCAGGGGCUAGAAACACUAUCAGCUCCGCUUCUAAGGUUCUUGGUGGUUCUGCAGGUCUGUUUGGAGGCCAUGUCUCUCAGCCACAGCCCCCUCACGUGCAGCAGCAGCAGAGGAACCUCUCGCUACAUGAGUACAUGAGCAUCGGCCUGCUGAAAGAUGCUGGCAUCUCUGUGCCGGCCGGCAUGGUGGCCAACUCCUCAGAGGAGGCCUACACUGUGGCCAAGCAGAUCGGGUCAAAGGACCUUGUGGUAAAAGCUCAGGUUCUGGCUGGCGGCAGAGGAAAGGGGACGUUUGAAGGCGGACUGAAGGGAGGAGUGAGGAUCGUCUACUCGCCCGAGGAAGCCCGAGACAUUUCAUCCCAGAUGAUCGGUCGAAAGCUGUACACCAAGCAGACCGGGGAGGCGGGCCGCAUCUGCAACCAGGUAUUCAUCUGCGAGCGCAGGUACCCACGCAGAGAAUACUACUUUGCCAUCACCAUGGAGAGGUCCUAUCAGGGACCUGUGCUGAUUGGCAGCUCACAGGGUGGCGUGAACAUCGAAGAUGUUGCGGCGGAAAAUCCAGAUGCCAUCGUGAAGGAGCCCAUCGACAUCGUGGAAGGCAUUAAGAUGGAGCAGGCCGUCAAGGUUGCUCAGAAGAUGGGCUUCCCUCCAGCGCUGGUGAACGAGGCAGCUGAGACCAUGGUCAAACUCUACAAUCUGUUCAUUAAGUACGACGCCUCGAUGGUCGAGAUCAAUCCUAUGGUGGAGGACUCCUCUGGCAUUGUGAUGUGCAUGGAUGCCAAGAUCAACUUUGACUCCAACGCAGCGUACCGCCAGAAGCAGGUGUUCGACAUGAGGGACUGGUCUCAAGAAGACCCGCGGGACCGGCAGGCCGCCAAGGCUGACCUCAACUAUAUUGGCCUUGAUGGAACCAUUGGCUGUCUGGUAAAUGGAGCAGGCCUGGCCAUGGCUACCAUGGACAUCAUCAAGCUCCACGGUGGCACACCAGCCAACUUCCUGGAUGUUGGAGGAGGAGCCACAGCUCAUCAGGUGACGGAGGCCUUCAAACUCAUCACCUCUGACCGGAAGGUUCAGGCCAUCCUGGUUAACAUCUUCGGAGGAAUUAUGAGGUGUGACAUCAUUGCCCAGGGCAUCAUCAUGGCUGUAAGAGACUUGGACCUCAAGAUCCCCAUCGUAGUGCGGUUACAAGGGACGAGAGUGGACGAUGCCAAAGCUCUGAUCGCUGCCAGUCCGCUGAAAAUCCUGGCCUGUGACGACCUGGACGAAGCCGCAAAAAUGGUUGUAAAGCUUUCUGAAAUCGUCUCUCUUGCAAAGGAAGCUCAAGUGGACAUCACCUUCCAGCUGCCCAUCUAAGAAACACAACCUUUAUGAUCUCUUCCUCCAAGCACUUCCUCACACAGCAACAACACACCACUCCACUAAACAACAGCGAGAUGAGCUGGAGAGAAGACGCAUUAGGUUAGGUCUUUGUUGAACUCUUCCUGGCUCUGUGGCACGAUGGCACGACUCUGAACAGGUUUCACUUCUUUUUUUUUCUUUGAGUAGCACUAAAAUCCCCAUUUCCUGUCUCCACCCCACGUCUCCCUCCUUUACUCCAAGCCUCAAACCCCAAAAACUUAAGUUGCACUUGAGUCGAUACGCACAAACCUCCUCCUCCUCCUCCUCGUUGUUCUUCUUCACUCUCUUCCGCUCUAAGAGGGAGACUCGCGGUGAGCCUUUCUGUCUGCUUUGGUACUUGUUUUGAACACUUCCUUUGACCUACUUUAAAAAAUAAUAAUAAAAAAUAAACACAGUAUCUUUUUCCUGUUGGAUUUCAGGUCUGAGUUGUUUUGAGUCAAGUCACUUCAUGUUUUCAGCUGAAUGCUUGUGAGACAGGCCCCACUGGUGUUAUCCAUUACAUGGUUUAGCACGAGUGCCUUUUCAGUGUGCUAGCUCUGAAUAGGAAUGUAACAGAAUAAAAAAAUGAGCCUGUUUCCUCCAUGCAUGAGUUCCACGACGCUGUACGAGUGAAAACACACAAACAUGCUGAUAACCCCCCCCAGGCCUCAGUGUUAUUUCUGUACCUCCUGUAGGCACGUGUGUUUAUCAGCCGAUUCAUUACUCAUCACACAGCAGCUGUUUCCUCCUUUCAGAACUGCGCGCUCCACACUGACGGUCUUCAGGUUCAUUUCUGAGCGUCCGGAGAAGAUUUUACCUAAAGUUUGCACCACUCAGUCCGGUUUAACCUCAGCUUUGAACGAGCCACAUUUGUUUGGCUGAAAUAUUAACCGUGACACCUGCAGGCAUAUUGAUCGAUGUCAGGAUCUGUGCGAGUAUUGAUGAGCGGUCCCAGAGUUUCCGUUCCGUGGCGGAGCUCGUGUGUGGGCAUGUUGAACACAGGUGAUACAUCACAGCUAGCUUUCCUUUUUAAAGUAAAUGAAUUAUUCAGCGUUCCUAUUGGCCAGCUCAAGUUUCCCGUGUGGGCUCAAAGUAAAAUCAGUGGUGUAAAUUUCCUGUGUUCACUUCGUGUGUCUCACUCUGUUGAUUCAGAAUAAAGGAAAGUGAAUUUAAUGUUUUGAGAUCAUUUUUUCCACGUUAAAGCUGCAGCGCACCCUAAAGACUACUUUGUUAUAUUAGCUUGGGGGGGGGGGUUCACAUGUCUGUUUUCUCACAGGUCUGUUUUUUCCAGUUGAGCUCAAACUGAAGUAGACAGAAAAUCACCGGUUCCGGUUGCAGGUUUAUCACCUAGUUUAAAGCAGCCAUCGUAGGAAAGUCGCUCGUUAAAUGAACUACUGCAAUUAAUUUUUUUGGCCUCCUUUGAGGCGGGAAAGUUACAAGAAAUGGGCUGCUGACUGCUGAAGACACUGGAAAUUUGUGUCACUCUUUACUUGGCUGCUUUACUCCCUUUAUGGAAUUAUUAGUUUAGACCUCUGCAGGUGCUUCACUCGUGUGUUCAGUCUGCCAUCGUGCCAUCAUAUUCGAUUAGCUCCUUUUUGUUUCUGUAUGCGAGGUCACAGUCGAGGUGGGGUCCUCUGAGUCAAACGGUAAAAUGGCUGUAGUUUAUUUUUUUUCUUCCCUUUCCUACCUUCCUCCUCCUCCAGCGCUCUGAACAUAAACCAACAUUGUGGGUUGUACGUCAUUUAUUUUAUCUUGUAAAUAACCAAACUGAUGUUCUCGCUCUGUAAAAUAUUUAUACUCCUCACAAAGAGUACAGCAAAGGAAGAAAAAAAUGAAUAAAUACAGAGAACACCAACUUUUCCCUG